UUGGCUGUGGACGGUAUGAGAUACGACAUUAAGUACAAAAAGAUUAAAACUACAUGUGCAGUACAGUUACAGUAAAUGUGGCACACAAUAUGCAAACGCGACCCAGAUCUGUGCAUGUUUGAAAGGGAAUGCAGACAGACAACGUGUUGCUGUGUGUAAAAGUGUUUUGAGCUGUGAAUGGCGCUUCAUUCUCUGUGCUGUUACAAGGUUUAUUAUCUCAUAUUGAUUUAGCUUAGUAUAAGCUGCAAAUAUGAUUGCACAUACGAAUGGUUCGAUACAGAUAAUUUUAAAAGACGUAAACAACACUGAAACAGGAAGUGCUUCUGGACAAGUGUUGUUUACAUUUUACAAAAUUGUCAAUACUGUUGGUGCUUUUUGUAAGUUACAUUUCACUGAAAUUGUACAUUUUUGUUCUGAUUAUUGAUGCAUAAAUAAGCGCAUUGCAGUGUUGACUGUUUUCCUUUUAAAACUUCAAGAAAGUUUAUGAGGAGUACUGUGGUAUUUAUAACAUGCAUAUAAUAGCAAUAGAUUUUUAUUGCCGAAGUCGUCAGGAUUUAAAUGAUCUAAUGUCAGUUAAGCAGUGGUUUCAGUGUUUAUUUAGAUUUGUAAGGGAUAAUGCACUGCCAGCGAUAUAAUGCAAAAUAAACUGUCAAAAAAAAGUCAGGGUGAUCAAGACACAAAGCUUUAUCCUGCUUAUUACAUGACAACUUACAUCAGGAGUAUAUUAUUGAAUAUGAAAUAUAGAUUUAAAAUAUUUAUAUUAAAAUUAAUGUAGACCUUCCAUGUUUCCUUUUGAUUUUGAGGCAAGACACAAUAUUCAUAUUUAAUCAUUUGUAAAUGUCAGCUCAUAUAUGUUAUUAUAAAGUAGCCAUUUUUAUUUUUAAUUUUCAUGUAAUAAACUGCACUGGUAAAGAUAACCCUCAGUACGUGUGUUAUUAGUUUUUAGCGGUUGUUACUGGGUAAUAACGUUGCGACGUGCCAAUCAAAUCAAGUCUAAUACUCCCAUAUAUUAUAUUUCCAGUUCUCAAACCUGAUUGGGUGGGAGUGCAGCUAUUGGACUACAACAGGACUAGAACAGUUUGCUGUGUUGAAUUACUUCACAACCUUGGAGCCAUGGCGAAGUCAUCAAUGUCCUCAGAGGAUGCGUCACAAACACAGCAUGCAGAAUGUUCACCAAACAAUGCUAUAGCAGACAAAAGCACAAAACUGAAGAAACUAGAAGACUGGACCAAAGAGGAUGUCCGUCAUUGGCUCAUGGAUAUAAUCAAAGUCCCUCAGCAAUAUACUGAUAUACUUUACAAGGAGGACGUUUAUGGAGCUGCUCUUAUUUUGUUUGAUAAAAAAGACUUUCUAGAUGCUGGUUUAAAGCAUGGACCUGCAGUUCAAAUCCUUAAAAACAUGUCUCAGUAUAAAACAUCUUCAGAUGUUUUGAAGAACAGUGCCAUACCUACAGCCGAAAUACCUACCGAUGGAUCUAAUGACCAUGAGAUAACCCCAAAACUCAGCAUUCAAGAAAUUCUUUCAAGUGUCCAGCAAAGGUCACUGCCCUUAGAGGAAACACCAAAAUAUACAGAAAAUGAAGGGAAGACCUUGCAUGAUACCUCAAGAUUUCAAGAAGAACAGGAUGACCUCCAAUAUAAAGCAGGAGGGACAAGUAGUGCUGUGACUGAGACAAAAGAAAAUCUGACUACCUUCGCAUCAGAAACGAGGACAAAUAAAAUAGACGAUUGGACCAAAGAGGAUGUCCGUCAUUGGCUCAUGGAUGUAAUCAAAGUCCCUCAGCAAUAUUCUGAUAUACUUUACAAUGAGGAUGUUUAUGGAGCUGCCCUUAUUUUGUUUGAUAAAAAAGACUUUCUAGCUUUUUUAAAGCAUGGGCCUGCCGUUCAAAUCCUAAAAAACAUGCUUCAAUGUAAAACAUCUUAUGAUGUUUUAAACAACAGCGACAAACCUACAGACACAGCUUCAUUAGGAGAGCCAACCACAGCCAGAAGACCUACCAAUGGUUCUAAUGGCCCUAAGAUAUUUCCAGAACUCAGCAUUCAAGAAAAUAAGGAUGGUAUUACAAAUGUCCAGCAAUGGUCACUGCCCACAGACGACACACCAAAAUAUGCAGUUGAUGAAGGGAAGUUCUUGCAUGAUACCCCAAGCUUUCAAGAGGAGAAAGACAAAAAAGAAGGCGGAGUAAGAUGUACACAAUCAACAAAGUUGCCACACUCCACAAACCCAGAGAACUCACUGAACAGUUUAAAGGGUGCUGUGAUUCGUUUGUGUAUGCCUCGGCCUUUUGAUGAAAGCUGCCCAACCUUUGAAUACACACAAAAUGAAAUCCUUCCUCCUGAGACUGGCCCAAGCAAUCUUAUUGACCCUGUGCACGAAUACAAACUCAUGGCAAACACAGAGAAUGCUUCAGAAGAGGACGUCCUCACGAAAUUCACAGAUGAAGUGUUCUGGUUUGCUGCAGGGAGCAUGAAUACUCGAACAAAUGGAACUAUCCAUUUUGGAGUUGGGGACGAGCCACUGUACACACAUGGACAAAUCAUUGGAAUAUCGGUGACAUCACUGAAUAAAUACAUAGAUGCAUUUUAUAAGUGUCUCAAAGUGCACUUUACAAAUCACACUAGUAUUGUAAUGAGAUGCAUUAGGCCUCCUAAAUUCUUUAAGGUAAAAUGUCCAGACAACAUCGAUGUGGACAAAUGGGUCAUUGAGGUUGAUGUUGUCCCUAUGUAUGAUCUAACUGGGGAGAAAUUGUUUUACACAACAAAAGACAAGAAGAGGAGAAAUUCAAAAUGCCUUUUUUUUCGUGAUGGUGCGAGCACCACCAAUUAUGCUCCAGAAAAAGGUCCUAAAAAGGAAAAGCAGACAGAGAAGAAUUUGAAAAAUCAUGUGAAAUUAUGGGCUUUAUCUAGAAAGUUAGCAGAAGAGAGAUACAGUAAGGUACAAGCACGGCUAAUUGGGGAUGAACCUGGAGGGAAUCCAUGCCACCUCCCUAGCUCAGCUCAAUUAUCAGGAUCCACCUCCUAUGCCUUGGUCCCAUCUUGAAUCCAUCCAUCUCUGCUCUGUUUCUUGUAUUUUUGUUCUUGUGUUUCGGUUUUCUGUUAAUUGAGUUCUUAUUUAAUGUAAUAAGCUCCUCCCCUGUUUCCUUAGUUACAGAUUCUUACUUUCACCCAUUUCUAGUUCAGUCCCCCCUUUUUGUCACAGAGCUGUCACGACCAAGGUGUCCAAGAAAACCCAAGUGCAGGGCAGUGGUGGUACGAAAGACAAGACUUUAUUUACAAGGGGGACAAAACAAAACACCCACGAUGGGGUAAUACACGGACACGACUUAAAUAUGAAACUGAAAAAUAAACACUUCCCUCAAGGGGGCUAAACCAAGGGUACUAAAUAACAAGACUAAAGAUUAGACAGGAACCAAACUAAAUAACAAACAUGACACAAGAUCGAACUAACUAGAAAAUGAAUUAAACAAGGCAGGGCAGUCAAACAGGCUGGAUCAGGAACAAUAUAACAGGACAGAAUAACAAUAAACAGGCAAUAUCAAAACUCACAAAGAAUGUACGACAAACAAGGAAGAACAACGUAGUACAAACGAGCACAAGACAAUAGACACGAGGGCAUUUUAAAGGAUAACUAACAAGAGAGAUAACAAUGGGCAGGUGAGGGUAAUGAAACACAGGAAGCUAAACUAGGAAAUGAGAGGGGCGGGGCCAAAAACGAGACCAGAGAGAAUGCACAUUAUGUUGUGGCCGACAAUAAUAUGUUUCUCUCCACACAAAACAUGAGGUUCUGUCAUGGUUCUGCCACUAGGUCAACAAAAGCAAGACAAGAUGGAACAUAACCAUGACACUUUUCUUCUGGGUAUUUAUAACCUUGGUUUAGUCCGGUUCACUGUCAGUCUUGGUCUUGGUUAGGUUGGUGUGGUGUGGUGUUCUCAGUUUAUGUUCUCUUGUUUUCUAGAUUACUUAUUAAAGUGUAUUGUUACAACCCCAGGUGAUUUAGGGGUAUAAGGGUAGUAACAAUAAAUAAAGAUUUUAGUAUUAUGUGUGUGUGUGUGGCAAUUAAAUGACAGAACAAAAAAAUAAACUGUGCAAAA